UGAGAAAACGAAUUGAAAUGACCAAUGAAUAGAAAGAAACUAAACAGAACACGAGUUUCAGAACUGAAUUGAAUUACCAGAAAAUAACAGAGAUCCUUCUUUCAUGGCCGUGUCGUCGCGGCACAAUCAUUUACCUAUGUUCAACACAGCGUCGUAAUGCUAACUGGUUCUUCAUUGGUUUAUUUUCCUAGUUUUGGAAUUAUGUAUUGUGAUUCGAAUAUCAAACCAUGGUGAAGGAGACAACGUACUACGACAUUUUAGGGGUCAACGUUGAUGCAUCCCCUGCAGAGAUCAAGAAGGCUUAUUAUAUCAAGGCUAGGAUAGUUCACCCUGAUAAAAAUCCAGGAGAUCCCAGGGCUGCAGAAAAUUUUCAGAUACUUGGUGAGGCUUACCAGAUUUUGAGUGAUCCCAAGAAGCGUGAAGCAUAUGAUAAGCAUGGAAAGGCAGGGUUACCACAAGAAUCCAUGAUAGAUCCAACAGCUGUAUUUGGAAUGCUUUUUGGAAGUGAAUUGUUUGAAGAUUAUAUUGGAAAACUUGCAAUGGCUUCUUUAUCAUCUAUAGAAGCUGAGGAAGUCUCACUAGAUCUUGAAGUUCGUAUGCAGAGAAUUCAAGAAAGGAUGAAAACAUGGCAGAAGGAAAGGGAACAAAAGCUUAUAGUGACCCUGAAAGAUCGCUUACAGCCUUUUGUUGAUGGUCGAACAGAUGAAUUUGUAUCGUGGGGAAAUUCAGAAGCUUGUGACCUAUCAAACGCUGCUUUUGGAGAGGCCAUGCUACAUACAAUUGGUUAUAUCUAUACCCGAAAAGCUGCCAGAGAACUUGGAAAGGAUAAGCGGUAUAUGAAGGUUCCUUUUUUGGCAGAGUGGGUACGAGACAAAGGACACUGGAUAAAGUCACAAGUGAUGGCAGCCUCAGGUGCCGUGUCCUUAAUUCAAAUACACGAAGAGCUCAAGAAGCUAAACCAAGGAGAAAACAAGGAAGAAAACUUGGUAAAAGCUAUCGAGAAUAAAAAGGAUGCCAUGAUAAAUUCCCUUUGGCAGAUCAAUGUGAUUGAUAUUGAAUCAACCCUGUCCCAUGUCAGCCAAGCUGUUCUUAAAGAUCCUGGUGCUUCCAAAGAUGUUCUAAGGUUACGAGCCAAAGCGUUGAAGAAGUUGGGAACUAUCUUUCAAGGUGCCAAGGCUGCUUACAAUAGAGAAAACAGUCUUCGCCACGAAAGUGACAGACCAAGAGACACGUCUUCUUCAUCAUAGUCAUUAAUAGUCAUGGAAGCUCCCAAUUUUGAAGGAUUUCCAAACAUGCACUCUUUAAUUUUUAGAAUAUAAAGGAAGUGUUGUUAUCUGAUGGAAUAUGUCCUAUUACUUAACUGUUAAAUCUAAUUUCUAUGAUAUGUAAAUGGACCAAUAAGAUAUAUGAUGUGUGAAUUUUAAGUAUAUAUAUAUUUUUGUUGAGAAGCUA